GAAGAGAGAAUUGAGAAGAUCAUUCGUGGUCUUCUUAAGCUUCCAGAAAAUAAGAGAUGUAUCAACUGCAACAGUUUGGGGCCUCAAUAUGUAUGCACAACCUUCUUGACAUUCAUUUGCACAAACUGCAGUGGUGUACAUCGAGAAUUCACACAUCGAGUAAAAUCUGUGUCAAUGGCUAAAUUUUCUGCAGAAGAAGUAGAUGCUCUUCAGGCAGGGGGUAAUGAGCGAGCAAGGCAGAUUUAUCUUAAAGAAUGGGAUCCGCAUAGAAAUUAUUUUCCUGACGGGAGUAAUCUUCAUAGACUUCGUGAUUUCAUCAAGCACGUCUACAUAGACAGAAAAUAUGCUGGUGUUAGGCGUAAUGACAAGCUUUCAAUGGUUAAAGCGAGUGCAAAGGAGGACCUCCAAGAGCGGCAUUCUUUUGAAACAUCCCGUCGUGGUGCUAGAGAAGAAUUUUUUCAUACGGAUGAUGCUCGGAGAGAUGAUUUCUUUGAGCGGCACUCAUUUGAACAUUCUUUUCUAAGUAGAAACGAUGGCAGAAAUUUGAAAAAUCACAUUGAUCAAGAAAUAGCCCUCGAUACAAACAAGAAAUGCUGA